AUGUGGCUGUGCCGCAUGGCCCUGGCCACGGUGCAGAUCAGCUUCGCCCUCGGCGCGGUGUACUUCAAGCUGGUGGUGGAGCACGAGGACGCCCGGCACAGGCUCAACCCGGUGCUGUUCGCGUUCGUGCGCGAGGCCGUGGCGGGCAGCGUGAUGUGCCUGCUGGCGUACGCCACCACGGGCGCGCGGCCCAAGAGGUCCGACGUGCCCACGCUGGCCGUUCUGGGGGCCUUGCUGUACUGCAACCAGCUGUUCUACAUCCUGGGCAUGGAGAUGUCGGGCGUGGUGGUGGCAUGCUGCAUGCAGCCCGUCAUCCCCGUUCUCACGGCGGCCCUGGCAGUGGGGAUGGGCAAGGAGGAGCCGUCUGUGCGAAAGCUGUCCGGGAUCUUCCUGGCCUCCAGUGGGGCAGUGUUGAUGGUGCUGGGGGGAUAUGGAGGGCCGGAAGACUCUGUGGACGACAGGCAGAGGGCGCUGGAAGGAAACCUCCUGCUGGCGCUCAAUGUCGUGUCCAUGUCCCUCUAUUACGUGCUUGCCAAGCCCAUACUCGCCGUGCACCCGCCCAUGGCGGUGGCGGCAUGGGCCUACGCCCUCGCAGCCUUCAACAUGGGUGCCACGGCGCUGGCCUCUGCAGAGAAGUGGGUGCUGCCCUCCGAUGCGGUUGGGCCGCUGAUGUACUGGACGUUUGUGUGCUCAGUGUUUGGGUACGCCACGAUCGCCUGGGGUAUCAAGCUGCUACCCCCCUCCCAGGUGGCAGCCUUCCAGUGCCUGCAGCCCCUGGUGGGCACGGUCCUUGCAUUUUCCUUCCUGGGGGAGCGGCUAACCUGGUGGGACCUCGGGGCUGUGGGCGUCGUGGGGGGCCUUUUUCUGGUCACAUCUGCCAGUGACGGUCCCAGCAGCACGCGCCUCAGCUCGCCCAGGAUCCCAAUCUUCUCCUGGACACCUCAGGGGAAGCACGCGAGGCAUGGGGCUCCUAACUGGCUGAACUGGCUGGAAAUUCCCGGUGCUGGGGGACAUGAACAGAAAUCGUAG